AUGCACAGAUGCGACUUGACGUACGAGCCAAACCCCGCGUUGUGCAGAAGACCUUACACCCUGAUAAUCGAGAAAAGCCUCAUAAAAAAGCCAAACUUGGGCGGCUGGAGAGACAGGAAAAGCGGCGUCGAGUACCGAAAUGGGGACUCGCAAACGGGACCGGCGCCCAAACGAGUGCCCUGGGAGAAGACGUGCAGCCGCAAGGUCCAGACCUCCGUGCAAGUCGACCGAGCGUGUCAGUCAACCUACAGCCAAGCCACUCAGAUGUGGCGCCGAGAUUGUUACGUGGCAGGUGUCUCCGACGAUUACGUGGCAGCCAAGGCGUACGAGACUUUCGAGGAGGCGCGGGCGCGAUUGGAUCUCGACAGCCGAGCUCGCGUCAUCCAGAGGUGCUACAGGGCGUUCAAAUUCCUGGGAUACGUACGAGAGUGCGCGCGAGUCUAUCGGGAAUUGCAAGCUGAGUGCGACAGGAUACAAGAGCUCAAGUAUUCGCUGCGCAGAGAUCGUCGCGAAGCCGAGUGCCGCGCCCUGAACGACCAGAGCACCCCUUUGGGACUGAGCCACCUGCUGCACCGCUUGAAAGCCGAGGAGGACGAGUCGAACUGCCCGGAGAAGGACCGCCACACCCGAGCCCUACGACUCCUCGAGGCGAGGCAGCGCGUCUUCCUCUCCAACAGCCGCAAAAAGCGCGCGGCUCGCGAGGCCCGAGCCCAAAGGUCCCGCGCGCGUUUCCUCGCCCGCCAGUGCGAGCCCAAACGCUGGCUCGAUCGCCGCGACCGCGUGGUCGAGAUGCUAACUCUGAGGAACCAGGUGGCCAUCGAGUGCAGGGACCUCUACGAGAAGCUACUCCAAGACCCGAACGCCGGCCGGAUGGAGCUUCUGGUCAAGACGAAGAGCUCCGUCGAGAAGCACCACUGCCGCGAGGCGAACGCUCUGCGCGACCUGAUCGACCAAGAGAUCGCCCUGACCUCCAAGGACGUCGGCGCGGCCGAUCUGGGGUUCCUCAGGAAGAGAGUCGUCGGGGUUUUUUUGAAUUUUUUGAGGUACUCGCACAACUGCACCUGCCGGAGCGUCCAGGACGAGUGCCGGGUCGAAAGGUGUGAUUACGAGUUUCGGGAGUCGCUGGAGAAGAGCCAGAUUUUUUGCGCGAGCUGUUGCAGACUCCGACCGCGGGGCGAAUUUCCCGUCACUUCGCGGAGGCAGUCGUUCAACAAAUGCUUGGGCUGCGUGCGACUGCAGGACAACUCGAGCAUGCCUCUGGACAUGGGUCCCUUCGCGAGGCUCCUAAGCGCAAUUCGUACAGCUGAGCCCGAAGGUUUGGCCGAUGCAAUGUCGGUGCCAGACCUGCGACACUUGGUGCUUACCAUAUGGCACGGGCACUCGGUGCUGAGCGAAAGCUCGGAGCUGGGAGAUUUGCGUCUCCCGCGUUACGAGCUCGACCAGCCCUGGAGUCCUUGGAACUGUGUGCUGCUCACGGAGGACGAAGCUGAGGCCCACUGUUGCGUUGGGGGUGGUGGGGGUGUCCUUACAAAUAAUUAUUAUAAAGGUCAAGGUAUAGACCUUUUCUGCUUCUCCUUCCCACCCGUUGGGCCACGGUCCAUGGCUUUUUUAUUUGAAAAUUUUGCGGCUCUACAAGAUGAGGCCGAACGAGUGGACAGUUAUAUGCACACAUUGUCGUUGAAAAGUGACACACCCAGGCCGCAUUUGGCUUGCUUCGGCACCUGGGUGUUGUAUCACACGUUGCGCGUUAUGGUCAUGUAUUUACUUAGUGGCUUCGAGCUCGAGCUCUAUUCGGUUCACGAGUAUCAUUAUAUAUAUUGGUAUCUGUUCGAGUUCCUAUAUAACUGGCUCAUAUCUGCCAUCACGAGAGCAGAUUCGUUUAUAAUAGAGCAAGACAUUCAUCUAGAAAAUCAAAAGAGCAGGAGCGCCAAGAAAAGUGCAAAGAACAAAAAGAAAAAGGCAACGCCUAAGCCAAACUACUUGGAAAUAUUGAUGUAUCAAGCCAUGCAAAAUAUUUGUGGAGGUUUUUAUAAGGCAUUAGUUGGUUUUCGAAUGGAUGGCAAGAUACCCUUACCUGAUAGCCAAUUCGACUGCGAACGAGUUCGAUAUGAACACCGUCUGUUACCGUUUUCAUCUUUGCUAACGCCACCGCCAAUUCAAUACAAAAAGUUCAUAGAAAUGACAAAUGUGCAAAUAAAAAAAUACGAAAAAGGUAGUAGCGAAGAGCAAUACUUCGAUGGUUGCCGGCAUUUCAAUCAAGCUAAAAAUUUAUUGGAACGCGCAUUAGAGCUCAAUCCACCGUGA